UAAGAUUACGAUAUGCACCUAUUUCGUCAGUUUUUGGUGAACAAACGUGUUAAGUAGUUCAAAAUGUUGUUUUAUGGAGCAUUAAUUAUAAGUCUAGUGUCCUUUUCUGAAGCCAAAAUUCGCCCUAAUAACGAAAUUAAGGUAAUUAAUGGCAAUGAUGCACAAAAAGGGCAAUUUCCGUGGCAGGUGGAGUUAAUGUUGGAAACAACAGAUAAUAAUCGUAUUUUCUGUAGUGGUGCUAUUAUUAGUCAUGUUUGGGUUCUCACUUCUGCGUCUUGUAUUCAAAAUGCAAAUUCUAUUUCUGUAUCUUAUGGAUCCAAUAAUUCGAGUGAUGCUACGACAAUAGAAUCUAAAAGUCACAUAAUUUAUAAAAAUUUUAACAAUGAUACUCUUCAAAAUGACAUAGGAUUGGUGGAACUAAAGUCACAUAUAAUUUUUGAUGAAACCACUCAAGCUAUUUCUUUGAGUGAAGACGUGGUGGGGGAUGGAGUUAACGUUACAAUCGCUGGUUGGGGACACUCCAAAAAUGAUUCCGAUAAAAAUAAUAACAGAACUGAAAUUUUACAAUAUGUGAAUAUUUCUACUAUUAAGAAUUCAGAAUGUGCAGAAGUUUUUGGUCGUGACGUUGUUACUUCAACUGUGCUUUGUACACACAACUCAAGUCUUGUACAAGGUCCUUGUAUUAACGACGGUGGAGCCCCCUUAAUUAUGAAUGCCGCCACUGACCCUCAACAUGUCGGUAUCUUCAGUUUUAUGGGAGAAAACGGGUGUGAAAAAAAUUAUCCUGCGGCGUAUACAAGAACAGCAUCGUAUUUAGAUUGGAUUAAAAAUAAUACCGAUGUUUAAUUUAUUGUCACUUGCAAAUAAAAAAUUCGUUUUUUUUUC